UGUGCAAAAGUGUGGCAGUGUGUGUGGGAGGGUGAGUCAGGCCGGAGCGGCAGGAAAACAGAACUAGAGAAGAGAAAUGAGCAGAUUUCACAUGUGUUCCACCAAACAUCUUCACAAGGACACAGCCAUGGAUCUCAACUUUCUUCUCUUCAUCUUCAGGUUCAUCAGACUCUCGGGAUCUCCAAGUCUUCUGGUGAACUCUCAGAAUGUGACGGGAUCUGAGGAUGGCAGUGUUAUCAUCUCCUGCCACCAUCAGGGGCAAAGUGGGGUGAAAUGGUGUAAGUUUGGAGGUCAGUGUAUUACAGGAGCGUCUGGGACAUUAGCCGGAGCCUCGGUCGAGAUCAGACGUGGUCUGAGAAACACGACAGUGAGCAUGAGCCGGCUGAAGAAGCAGAACACAGGAUGGUACUGGUGCUCGACAGAAGAUCUGCAGAUGCCUGUUCAUAUCACUGUCCUUCAGAAGAAGAGCAGAAAGAGUCCGGUCACAGCAGAGUCUGCUCAGAUCUCACCCAGCGCUCACAACAGGACCGCUCUCUUAUUUCUGUUGCCUGUGAUUUUGGAGAUUCUCCUGAUGAUAAUAAUUUACUUGGCACUGAAACUGUUGAGGUUUUACAGAACAAGGUUCCUCUCGUCUGAGGAUGAAGCAGACGAGGCUCGGUAUGUGUCGAUGCACAGAAAACAGUCGAGGCGUUCGUACGGCUCUGUUGCUGCUGAAGGAGUGUAUGAGAAUAUGGCUGGACUCGAAACAAUCAGUGAGUCUCUGAGAGAACCGGAUUAUGUGAACGUUAUGAAGACGUGACUUGACAGCAUCAGAAGAGUGUGAUUCUGAGAGCCCCGUCUCAACCAAACCUGACUGCUGCUAAAGAGCCAGACAGAGAUGUUUUUCUGUUUAUUUUGUAAUGUGAUCUAUUGAUGGAUUUCAAAGCUCAAAGCUACACCACGUCUGCAGUUCAUUACAGCAUCUUCAUUUAUAACCUUCAUGGGUUUGAUUCCCAGGGAAGGCAAGAACUAAAACAUUCAUAUGUUCAUCUAAACUGGAUGAUUUUAGACUGCAGUUCACACAGAUGUAAUUAUGUAACAAUGUUAAUAUAAUAACGAGCGUCAAACACCCUUUGCAUUAAAGUUACAAUAAUUCAG